AUGAUAGCAUAUUACGCACGUCUCCUGCUGAUAGUUUUCUUCAGCGCCGCCGACGCCUUCUUUGGCUUCGCCUUCUACUUUCGUUGGAACAAUUAUGAUCGUUUCGGAAAGGAUUUGGUGAAUUUUAGCUUCACUCACUCCAUGUUUGAGUUUUGGCUGUUCUCAAUGUUGAGAAUGGUCAUACUCUUGAGCGCAACUUUUGGAGUUAUUACUGACCCCCAAGACAUUCUACCGUUCAUCAAGAAAGUGAGAUACCCCAUGGGCGUCAUGAAUAUAAUUGUGGUCAUCUACACUUUGGCGAAAAUCAUGUUAUAUACUGAAUACUUGGAUGGCAACCAUGAUAACGAUUCUUGGUUCUUGACUUUAGGAGUUUGGACAAUGGUAGCGUCACUUAUUAUGUACGUCUUAUGGAUAAACAUUCUGCAAGAGACACUUUAUCCUCCUGAUAUGCAGAACCCUGAUGCUGUCAAAUUGAUCUAUAGAGGGGAAUGUGACGUGGAAAAUGAAAAAAUAGGAUGCAACCAAAAAGAUGAUCAUGCCAGUUAUGUCGGAGAGUUUGACAACGCGAACAACUCUGUCAAGUGGCAUGGCGUAUUUGUUCGAUUGGUGUUCUACUGUAAAGAAGACUGGCCGUUUCUUUUUUGCGGCAUUGUUGCUCUUGUAUGCGCUGCUGUUGGUAAAUCCUUUCUCCCAUUCCUGACAGGUCAGGUCCUUGAUGGGGUGGUUACUGGCAAGGACUCGGCAGAUUUCCACAAGACCAUAGUCCUGAUGACACUGGUCGCCAUAUUUGUUUCAUUAGGUGAAGGUCUCCGCAAUGGAUUCUUGAGCGUUGCUAUGGCAAGACUUAACCGACGCAUCACUAGUCGUCUUUUCGAUUCCAUCCUAAAGCAAGACAUAAACUUUUUUGAUGAAAAUGGAACAGGGGCGAUACUGUCGCGUCUGACAUCGGACACAAUCAUCAUGAGUGAUUCUCUCGGUGAAAGCGUCAGGGUAUCGCUUUGGAAGGUCUCUGUUAUCAUCACCAACACCGUAGCCAUGGUAAUAAUUUCAUGGAGACUCUUUGUCAUCACUGCCAUUAAUUUAAUUUUCCUAGCAGUCAUCUCAGACAACGUCGGAACUUACUUUGAUAAGCUGGCAAGGAAGGUCCAAAACGCUCUGGCCGAUGCUAACAUCAUAGCGGAAGAGACCAUUUCCAAUAUAAAGACUGUUCGAAGCUUUGCUCUCGAAACGGGCGAGAGAAGUACGUACCAUGACAAACUAGACACCGUUUAUCACCUGCGUAAGAGAGAGGCAGUGGUCAUAAGUUUAUCACAGGUGACAGUUGCGACUUGUAAACUGAUGGCGUCUGUAGUGGCCUUAUUUUAUGGAGGUCAUCUUGUUAUAAGUGGAAAGAUAACUGCAGGGGCAUUUUUCUCUUAUGUGUUGUAUCAGAAGAAAAUAGGAAGCAGCAUUGAGAGCCUGUCCGAUGGAGUUGCUCACCUAAUGAGAGCAGCAGGGGCCUCCAGAAAAGUGUUUGAACUGAUUGAUUCAAACCCUUUACCUAGGAAAGAAGGUAGUCUGAUGCCAAGAGAGUUAGACGGCCAAUUGGAGUUUAAGGAUGUAACAUUUGCUUAUCCAAGCAGGCAAUCUAUCCCAGUACUGAGAAAUAUUAGUUUUACUGCGUCUCCAGGAAAAAUGCUGGCCAUUGUGGGUCCAAGUGGCGGAGGAAAGAGUUCUUGCAUUGGGCUUAUACAACAUUUCUACCAGUCUAAAUCGGGAGAGAUUCUAUUGGACGGAAAUAACAUCAAGCAUUACAACAAUUUCUACCUUAAUAAAAAGAUUGCAUUCGUUGGUCAAGAAGCUGUUCUUUAUGCAAAAACCAUCAAAGACAACAUUUCUUACGGCCUUGAGAAUUGCAGCUUGGAACGCAUCCAUGACGCAGCCAAACUGGCCAACAUCCAUAACUUUAUCAUUGGCCUCGAGAUGGGUUACGAGACGGAAGCUGGCGAAAGGGGUGUUCGGUUAUCAGGUGGCCAGAAACAAAGGGUGGCCUUAGCCAGAGCCUUGGUAAGGAAUCCCCAGAUAUUACUCCUGGACGGUGCCACUAAUGCUUUAGAUGCUGAAAAUGAACACCAGGUCCUGGAGGCGAUCUUGAAAAAUAUCGGAUGCCUUACCAUGGUGAUCGUUACGAAUAAUCUAAGUGUCAUCGAGAAGGCUGAUCGCAUCGUCGUCAUUGAUGACGGCAUGGUGGUCGAGCAAGGUUGUCAUCAAGAACUCAUGAGUGCUAAUCGUCUUUAUGCGCACCUCCAACGCCAUCAAUUCCGGUGGAAAAAUAGUGAUAACGAUGAACAAUGA